CGCCCCUUCCCUUGUAUGCUGGGCUCGGUGCUCGCGACGCUUCCCUGCGCUGUGUCGCUUGCGCUGACACCAUUCCACCCCCCCAGCACCUUUAUCUUGGGCGAGUUCUUGAUCUUCAAGUUCGUAAUUUUGGGCUGACUGUCAUUUCUACCUAUGUGGGCAUCGACUAUCAUCUCUACCUCCUUAUGUAAAGUGCUCUAUUUGUAUUUUCCGAAUUGGUCAAUAAACAAGGAGGUAGGAGUAUUAAAGAUGGAAAUUAUUUUUUUAAAAACGAGGGAAAUUUAGGAUUACAGCGGUUACGGUAUUUUUACCUCAGGUGGGGCAUUCUGUGAUUUUUUUUAGCCAGCUGCUUGUAUUUCAUCGUGCACUUUUCUUUCUGCUUCGAAGCUUAUUUUUUGAAGGCCAAUGUCAAUGAGAAGGCACAGCGCCCAGGACAUGACGCACAGAGCUCUCCAAGCAAGAAUGAGCAGCGAAGACAUUUUGACGUGUGUGAUAAUCCUCAUUCAGACAUCUGCGCUAAAAUGACGCAGGGAACACCAAAUCAAUGCAGCCAGACGCCAGCGUCAUUUUGAUGAUUCGGCACUAUUUGAUCACUAGCCUCCACAAGCUUCGCCCGGCUUCGAGUGACUUUAGCUUCAGCACUUUUCUGCGGCCUCCCACGGGCUACAGCCGCUAGAGUAGAGACGGCCCGCGGGUGAGCUGUUGCGCCCUACGAAUUGACUACGACAAGAGCCGAGUGCCGGCGGUGGCCGACUCAGAUGCGUCGACUCAUGUGCAGGGCAUUGCGCUGCCUUCGGUUUUUUUAUGAGAUUGCCGGGGGGUCAUGCAAAUCCUUAAGAAUUUGCAAGACCCCCACGGCAGUCCAACAAAAAAAACAGAAGAGGGCCACCAGAGACGCACAAGAAUCCGCAAGCCCCAACGCACGCAAACGCCUCGCGGUGGCGCCAGGCAAGAACGGGGCGCGACCUCAACGGGCCAAACAAGACAAAGCAACGCACGGCCGCGCUGCUUGGGUCUCUCUACGCGCUUACACCUGGCGGGGCUUCUUUGUUUCGUCGGAUGUCUUUCGUCAGGAACAGACGGGCGCACUUCGCGGGGGCGUGAGGCGUCGCGCUUCGGGCUGUGGCUGAAGCCUCUCGGCUGGCUGAUGUCUUUCGCCAGGAUGGAGACUGGGGCCCCCCAUCAGACUGAUGCUGUUCGUCAGCCCAACGCUCUGCGCCAGGCUGGCGGCUUUCGUCGGACAGGCCGGCGCCCUUCGGCAGAUGUCUGGGGCCAGGCUGAGGCUUUUCGUCAGGGUCGGCGACGUCUCUCGCCAGGCUGACGCCUUUCGUCAGACUGAAGCGCUUCGCCUGGCUGAGGCUGACACUCCUCGCUGGGCCAAGACUUGGGCCUUUGGUCAGGUUGAUGGCUUGCCUCAGGCUCAGCUUGGCGCCGUUCGUCAGGUUGAUGCACUGACCAGCCAGGUGACCCCUCUCGCCAGGCCGGCGCACUGCUCCGCCAGGCGUUUUCUUUGCGUCGGAACAGGCUGAGCGGGGCCUUUCUUCGGGCUGCGGAUGUCUUUCCUUCGUGAGGUUGUUUCUGUUCCUUCGUCGGGGCUGACGUUCUUCGCCAGACUGACCGCGUUCGUCGGACUGGCGUCCUUUGUCAGAGGUCCUCUCCGCUAUCGUCAAGGGCCUCUCGCCACAGGUGGGGCGGCAGUUUUUCUGGCAGAGGUCGUUCGUCAGAUGUCUGCCGUCGCGGGUCUCUUGUCUUGUCGGAGGUCUUUGGUCCAGCGGUCUGGGGUCCAGUGGUCUUUGGUCUGAAGGUCGUACUUGGUCCAAAGGUCGCCAGCCGUCUUUGGUCCAAACCCAAAGGUCGGCGGUCCAGCGGUCGUCUUUGGUCCAAAGGUCGCCUUACUUUGGUCCAAAGGUCGCCUUACUUUGGUCCAAAGGUCGCCUUACUUUGGUCCAAAGGUCGCCUUACUUUGGUCCAGAGGUCGCAUUACUUUGGUCCAGCGGUUGCCUUACUUUGGUCCAGCGGUCUCUUACUUUGGUCCAGCGGUCGUCUUACUUUGGUCCAAAGCGAGGCCGUCUGUGGUCCAAAGGUCGCCUGUUGUCCAAAGGUCGUCUUUUGUCCAGAGGUCGCCUUUGGUCCCGUGGUCGUCUUUGGUCCAAAGGUCUCCUCUGGUCCAGCGGUCGCCUUUGGUCCAAGGGUCGCCUUUGGUCCAAAGAUCGUCUUUGGUCCAAAGGUCGCCUCGGGUCCAAAGAUCGUCUUGGGUCCAAAGAUCGUCUUAUUUGCUUUGGUCCAGAGGUCGUCUCACUUUGGUCCAGAGGUUGCCCUCUUACUUUGGUCCAGAGGUCGCCUCACUUUGGUCCGCCGGUCGUCUGACUUUGGUCCAGCGGUCGUCUUUGGUCCAGCGGUCGUCUUUGGUCCAACGGUCGUCUUUGGUCUAGCGGUCGUCUGUGGACCAAAGGCCGCCUUUGGUCCAAAGAUCGCCUGUGGGCCAGCGGUCGCCUUUGGUCCCUCCAAGGAUCGUCUUUGGUGUAGGUCGUCUUUGGUCCAAAGGUCGUCUUUGGUCCAACGGUCGUCUUUGGUCCAAAGGUCGCCUGCGCCUUUGGUCCAAAGAAAGACUUUCGGUGGACCAAAGGCCGCCUUUGGCCCAAAGAUCGUCUUUGGUGUUGGUCCAAAGAUCGUCUUUGGUCCGAAGUCCAUAGGUCUUUGGUCCAUGUGUCUCUGGUCCAAGGUCUUGCCUCUUUCGGUGGGAGGUCUUUCUUCGGCUGUUUCUCUUUGGACUUCUCUCCGCAGCUUGCGCCCCUACCCCCGUCGGGCAUUUUUCUGGCUUCUUUUCUGGUAGUCUGCCACGGGGCAGCAACGUAAAUUCCAAAAAGAAAACGGCCGGAGCUUAUCGGGCUUGAGAGUGAGGGGAAAGGGUCGGAAGCUAUGGGCAAUAGCUUCGCCUAAGGAGGUGGUUAAACUCCGGCGGGUGUCUCCGGUGGGUUAGGCGGCGAUCAAUGGCGAGAUUAAUCGUAUGGAUUUUUUUUGUUAUGUUUUUGAUCUAUCACCUCAUAAUGAUUAUUCACAUGAUCAAAGGAAAAUGAACAGUGAAUGUAUGUUGUCGUGAUGUUGAUAGAAGUACUGCCGCACCACGACUAGUCCUAGUUGGACGAGUCAUCACGUCUAGGGUCAAGCGUAUGAGGCGGCUCGAACACGACCCGUGUGGCUUACCUGAGGAUGAGUUCCAGACGAGGACGAUCUUCUACAAGUUCGUUGCACAUAGAUAGAGAUGGGCACCUGCUCUCUUUAUAAUCAGCGCAGUUUAUAGCACGCAUGGCGCAUGGAGCAGCAUGGAGCGCAGAUCCAUAAGGGACGCAAGAGGCGCCCCCUUUAGCUCCAUGCUACUCCAUGCGAUCCAUGCACUCCACUCCAUGCCAUGCGAGCUGCCAAACCUUACGAGUUGUUCUGUUAGCUGAAGCCUGAAGUCUCUGCUUUUCGUUACCCCAGCGAAUUUAUGGCGCACUUCGUGACUGUUGCCAUUUCUUCCCGUGCGGUUUCGCUUAACGCCUCUUUUAUUUGUUAUGCUCAUUCAUUUGUGAUUUUGACAAAAACUGCCAGUGGAGUACUGUGUUGAGAAUGGACACUGCUUCUCCGAGUCAUAAUAAAGCUGAA